AUGUCGGGCGGUGUUGAAGUUCCUGGUGAUGUUCUGCCGGGAGCUCGCGGUGACGAUGAACCUGCCGCCUCAGAGCAGGAAGUGUCCGUUGGAAGUGAGCGACACGAGAGCACUGGAGAGGAGUGGGGAUACGACUACUCCGGUGAUGUGACGUGGUGGGAGCCCAGGUCCGGUUGGGACUGGUCGUGGAAUAGACCCUACCGCGGUGAUGCGCAAGGACGAAGGGCCAGCUGGACUACGAGCUGGGACGCCUACAGCACUGAUGCCUCUACGCGACACGGUGGCUCCUGGGGGCGCGGCGGCGGCCACGACGAGGGAUGGCACGAUCAUGGCGACGAUGACCGAGAUCAUCGUUCUGACCGCGGCGAUUACGAAGGAGUAUGGCGCGAUCCCUGGGCAGAUGGUCGAGCUGGCGGACCUGCAUGGCACGACCCACCGCAAGAAGAUCGCUACAGGAGCUUCGCUGGCUCACCCGACAAAGGUAAUCCAGUGUGGAAUGGAUGGAGGCACUUCACUCAAGGCGACGGCGGCUUCCAGUCCAGUGGUGGCGACUCCGGCGGCCAGAAGGGCGGCAACCCGCGGCCCUCAGAGAAGCUCUCUGUGCCUACCUUUGGCGGGGGCGACGAUGAUGUGGGCACGUCUGCUCGGUCUUAUCUACGACAAGUGGAGGCCUGGCGGCGGCUCACUUACCUGCCACCGAAUCAGCAGGGUCUGGUGUUGUACAGGCACUUGACCGGAAAAGCAUGGGUCGCGGCAGAAGAGUUGAACGUGGACGCCCUUAGCAGGGACGACGGCGUCCACUACCUGAUGAGUUGGCUUCGCAACAGGUACUUAGACCUCGAAGUCACCAGAAUCGGCAAGGCGCUGUCAGAGAUGUUUCGCAAACUCCGUCGUCGUCCCGGACAGUCUAUACGUGACUACAAUGCGGAAUAUGACAGGUUGCACGCGCGCUUGAAGGAAGUUGGAUGCAUGUUGCCUGAAGAAUGCGCUGCUUGGUUAUAUGUAGACAGACUCCAGCUUGAAGACGGCGCUGAACUUAAUCUUCUUGCAAGCGUAGGCAACGUCUACUCCUUGAACAAGCUCCAGAAGGCGGCGAUCAUCCAGGACAGAGGACUCAGGAAACCUUGGGAGUCAACUGCGAAGGGAGGCCGCAAGCCUUUCACGGCCCAUGUCACCGACAACCCCGAUGAUGACGAAGAGGACUCAGGUCGCGAGAUGAUCGAUGGGGAAGAGUGUGUGCCCGAGGAGGUCGCGGUUGCCUACGUCACCUACCAGACGGCGAAGAAUAAGUACCGCGAGCACAACAAGGCUCGCGGCUGCAAGGGCGAGAUCGGGAACAACGAUGGCGGCAACGGCGGUGGAAGAGGUGGAGACGGCGCCGGUGGCGCCGCGAAGGUGCGAGACGAGAAGCUGAAGCAGAUCAAAGCCAGGUCGUUUUGCUCCGGUUGCGGGCGACGAGGUCACUGGCACAAAGACGAUGAAUGCCCAAACAAUGCGGGCACGAAGGACCAUCAGGGUGCGAGGCAGCCUACUACGGUCAAAGAGGUCUGCGUGACGAUGCCGGCGGAGGUCAUGACGGUGAAGCAUGUGAGUGGUUUGCUCUUGGGAAUCACGGAUACUGCCUGCUCUCGCACUGUGGCGGGCACUCAGUGGCUCCAGGAGUACAUGGACCGGAUCGGCGAGGACGGUGCCCAGCCUGAGCUUUCUAAGGAGUGCGAGGCCUACAAGUUUGGUACUGGGCGCAUUCACUACUCGUCGUUCAGUGUGUUGCUUUCCUUCUCUCUCGGCGACAAGAUCGUGCAGCUUCGAGCCUCCAUCAUCCCGGGAGAUGUACCCCUGCUUCUUUCCAAGACUGUCUUAGGGAGGUCCAAAUCUGCUGCGUGCUUCGCCUGCUUGCUCAGGCAUCCGCGUGGUAACCUUCUUCGGGUUUUCUAA